CUAUAAUUAAGCCCUACAGGUGGCACAACUCUACAUCCGCUGGAAAAAGUAGAGCGCUGGUGUGGCGGUGGAGUGAGCAGUGAUCUGCUCGUCACUUCUUAUUGGGGACGACGAGAAGACACAAGCGGACGUCAAAACAUGGAGUCUCUUAAGAAAAGUUUCAACAAAGCUAAGGAAGGGGUAGUGUUCGCGGCGGAGAAGACUAAGCAGGGCGUGACGGGAGCUGCCGAAAUGACCAAAGAUGGGGUCGUGUUUGUCGGUACCAAAACAAAGGAUGGCGUCACAACAGUUGCAGGUAAAACAGUGGAGGGUGUGAGUCAAGUGAGCGGAGCUGUGGUUACCGGGGUGACUAAUGUUGCCCAAAAAACUGUGGAGGGGGCGGGCAAUAUUGUCGCAGCCACCGGAUUGGCCAAGAAGGAUCCAGCCAAACCAGGCGAAGACAACUCAGGCGGGCAGGAUGUGGUCCAGUCGCCGGUUGAUACCAACGCUGCCAACGCACCAGUGGACAACACGGCUUGAAGUGAACGUUUUACGAAGAAAAGAUGACCGUAACAUUCCAUGUUGCUCUGACAAGUUGGUCCUGUAUGUGUGCGUGUGUGUGUGUACUUAUGGUUGGAUGUGGGUUGUGUAUUCUUAAUAUGCGUCUGCAUAUCAGCAAAUGUACCUCAGGUGUCUUGUGUGGUUUGUAACCAAACGUCAUUGACAUGACAAUGCCACUUUACCUUAACCGUGUGUGUGUGUGUGUGUGUGUGUGUGUGUGUGUGUGUGUGUGUGUGUGUGUGUGUGUGUGUGUGUGUGUGUGUGUGUGUGUGUGU